AUGGCACUAGGCGAUCUUUGGGUUUGUGCAAUAUAUAACAAGACAUUGAAAGUUCUUGUGAUUGAUGUUUUCCUUUCAGGUGGUUCUUUUGCUUAUUUGAGGGUAGAGCUAGGUGACUUCAUGGCCUUCAUUGCUGCUGGCAACAUAAUACUUGAGUAUGUCAUUGGUGGAGCUGCUGUUGCUAGGUCAUGGACAUCCUACUUUGCCACUCUUUGCAACCACAAACCAGAUGACUUCCGACUCAUAGCCCACAGCCUUCCUGAGGACUAUGGCCACCUUGAUCCCAUUGCUGUUUUCGUUUGUGCUGCCAUUUGUGUCCUUGCGGUCCUUAGUACCAAGGGCUCGUCACGCUUCAAUUAUAUUGCUUCCAUCAUCCAUGUUGUCGUGAUCCUCUUCAUCAUUGUUGCUGGUCUUGCCAAAGCAGACACGAAAAAUUACGCUGAUUUUUCUCCCAAUGGAGCCCGUGGUAUUUUUGUGGCUUCAGCUGUGCUCUUCUUUGCUUAUAUUGGAUUUGACGCUGUUGCCACCAUGGCAGAAGAAACCAGGAACCCUGCUAGAGAUAUCCCGAUCGGUCUCGUUGGCUCAAUGUCCAUAACUACAAUGGCAUAUUGUUUGAUGGCAGUAACAUUGUGCUUAAUGGUACCGUACACGAAGAUCGAUGAGGAUGCCCCAUUUUCAGUAGCAUUCGAAACCGUAGGUUGGGGUUGGGCCAAGUACGUUGUGGCAGCUGGUGCAUUGAAAGGCAUGACAACAGUUCUGCUCGUUUCUGCUGUAGGGCAGGCGCGGUAUCUCACACAUAUUGCACGCACUCACAUGAUGCCACCUUGGUUAGCUCACGUUAAUGAGAGGACUGGCACCCCGGUAAAUGCCACUAUUGUCAUGCUUGCUGCAACUGCUAUCGUUGGCUUUUUCACCAAGCUUGAUAUUCUGUCCAACCUUCUUUCCAUCUCAACAUUGUUUAUCUUCAUGCUUGUGGCUUUGGCUCUUCUCGUGCGCCGCUACUAUGUUAGUGGUAUCACAACACAAGAAAAUCGCGUCAAGCUCAUCAUGUGCAUUGUGGCCAUUCUUGGUUCUUCAGUAGCAACGGCUGUUAUAUGGGGUACUGCUGAUGAAGAUAGUUGGCUUGGGUAUGUGAUCACGAUACCAUUAUGGUUCUGUGCUACUUUAGCACUCAAGCUUCUUGUUCCACAAGCAAGGGAUCCAAAAUUAUGGGGUGUUCCGUUGGUGCCAUGGCUACCAUCUGCUUCAAUUCUCAUCAACAUUUUCCUUUUGGGAUCAAUAGAUAGGAAAUCAUUUAUAAGAUUUGCUGCAUGGACUGGAUUUUUGUUGGUAUACUACUUUCUAUUUGGAUUACAUGCCUCCUAUGACACAGCUAAGGCAUCAGGAGAGAACAAGGUUGAGGAUGGUCUCAAGAAUGUUGAAGAAGGUGCUGUCUCUUCCCGGACUGGUUUGUGAGGUUCAAAUGUUCGAAAUGUUCUUUCCAAAACCUGUGAGGUUAUGAAUUUCCUAGACAUGUGAUUCUGAUAGAGAAGCAAUGAACAUGAACAUUCUGCAAUAAGCAUUAUAUUUAACACUUUUAAGUAGGUAGACCUCAGUCUAGUAUAUAUUUUA